UAGAGAGAUCUGAUUUAGAUAAAAAGGAACCGAGAAUUGAAAUAUUAGUUGACACUUUUUUUGCAUUAUUUUAUGAAUGUGAAAAUUUAUCUACUAUAAACAAACCAUAUAUUAACUCAUUUCUCAAAUAUGUUAAAUCUAGAGCUCAAGAUAUAGAAAAAUCUUUAAUAUCUAUUGAUGAUUUUGAUGUAAUUCAGAUCAUUGGAAAGGGGGCUUUUGGAGAGGUUUCCGUGGUCAAACUCAAGGAAGAAGCGAAACGCGGAAAGUCUGGCAAAGGUUCUGACGCCAACAUAUUCGCCCUUAAAACGCUCAACAAAUCCGAAAUCAUCAAAAGGGCCGAAACUAUAUGCUACAUGGAAGAAAAGGACAUCAUGAUUAAUGGAGAUUUGUUAUGGCACGCUCAUUUACAUUACUCCUUCCAAAACAAGGAUAACUUGUAUCUAGUUAUGGAUUAUUAUUGCGGCGGCGAUCUACUUACGCUGCUAAGCAAAUACGACGAUAGAAUGCCGGAACAAAUCGCUAAAUUUUACAUUAUGGAAAUGAUCAUAGCUAUAGACAGGUUACAUCAGCUGGGCUACGUGCACAGGGAUAUCAAGCCCGACAACAUACUCAUAACCCAAAGUGGUCACAUCAAACUAGCUGAUUUUGGCUCGUGUCUUAAAAUGGACGAAAAUAAGAAAGUUCGCUCCAAUGUGUCCGUCGGUACCCCGGACUAUAUCUCCCCGGAAAUACUGAGGGCCACCGAAAGCGGCAAAGGACAAUACGGAAGCGAGUGCGAUUGGUGGUCUCUCGGAGUUUGCGUCUACGAGAUGCUCUUUUGCCAGACCCCUUUCUACUCCGAAUCCCUCAUCGAAACCUAUUCCAAAAUUAUGAAUUACAGGACCUUAGAAUUUCCGUGCCUGCCUUCCUCACCCUCUGGCGAUGAUUCGUCGACUUGUUUGAAAUGCGAUAAUCCCAUAUCCCAAUCAGCAAAAUCCCUCAUCUCUCAGCUGAUAUGUCCCGCGGAAACGAGACUGGGGCAAAACGGCAUACCCGAUUUUCAAAAACACCCCUUUUUCAAUUCCGAUAUGGUUUACGAAGCCUGUUGGGACGAUGAUAUCAUAUAUAAGAUUAAGCCACCUUUCGUGCCUGAAAUCACGUCUUCCUAUGAUACGUCCAAUUUCGAUGUCCAAGAGACCAAUAAUAAUAACCAUUUCAAUAAACAUAAAUUAAUGAACGGGUUUCAGAAUACUCAAUUCACAGGCGUGCACUUGCCUUUCAUAGGCUUUUCCUAUCGAUCUCUCAAAAAGUUUUUAUACGAAAAAUUUUCUCCCGAAUCAUCUCCUCAUUUGUCUGACAAAGUUAUUGCUUGCGAUAACGCCUCAAAUUUAUCCGCCAAUUUCAUCGAGGUAACUAAAUGUAACGGUGACGUAAACGAGAAUCGUGACGCUAUAGGUGGUCCCACUCUUACGUGUGACGACGUGGCUUGGGAAGAACUAAAUAUUCGAUUGGAAAAUUUGACGUUCAGCAACGAGAAGCUAAAUCACAAUUUGAGGCGCAAGAAAGACGAGAUUGACGAAUUGCAAAAGUCGGAAGAUAGGCUCAAAGCCGAACUUAGAAGAUCCGAAAUCAAUCGGAUAGAUUUGAAUUAUGAACUUGAGAAAUUACGGACAGACAUCGAGAACCAGAAAUCUCUCAGACUCAAGAACGAAGAAUAUAUCAAGGUGAUUGAGGACGAGCUCGAGAGUUACAAGGAUAGUUCCUUGAUUUAUAGGAAUAGUGGGAACUUGGCGAAGCUUACCCCAACUAUCACGAGGAAUAGAUUUCCGGUUAAUCGCUUCUUGCAUACGAAUAUCAUCGAUAAUAGCUACGAUAAUAGAUCUAAUAGCAGCUUAGACAAUUCCUGCCCUAUCGCAAACGGGAACAAAGGAAACUUUAAUUUUAAAAGUUCGACGCCGAUCCAAUUUGAUUCGAAUCAAUUUAUCCUAUGCCAGGAAGAGAUAAAGGCCUUGAAGAAUGCGCUUAGCCAUUUGGAAAAAGAGAAUAAAAUUUUGAAAGCUAACAAAAAUUCCGUCGAUAAUAAUGACUCGCUGACCUCCGAACUCAGGGAUAAAACCAACUUGUUACUCACCGCCAGUCACCUUAUAGGUUCGACCCUGAGACCUACUCAAGCAGAUUCCGAUAAAAAUUUGACCGUACAUAUACCAUCUCCCGAAAAGUCCUUAUCACCAUUAUCACUCAAAGAGUCGAGAGGUUCGAAUGAAAUCAUCGGUGAAAUUGGAGAGAUCGCGGAGAUAAAAGAUAUGGGUACCAUGGCUAGAAUACUCGACGAGGAAAUGGAGUACCGGAAAUAUUUGAAAAAUAUGGUCGAUAAACUCAAAGGUGAGGUGACGGCUAUCAAACAAAUCCAUCACGAAAAAUUCGGGAGUUGGCGGGAUGGCUUUAACAUCAAUUUUCAUAGCCACGAUUCUAGCAAUAUCAUCGACUACGCUAGCAAUAGUAAUAUCGACGAACCGCGUGUGAAUGGGAAAGAGCUGAAUAAUCAUAAAACCGGCGAUCUCAAUUUGGCGGCUCAAGAUGCUGGCGGGGAAACAGAUGAUUCGUUUUACGCGACAGGAAGGGAAAUGACUUCGUUAAAGGCUUUUAAUAGGUCUCUCAAUACGACGGCCAGUUUUAGCUCUUACCAUACCACCGGAAGAAAUUGGAGAGACCGGAAAUUGAAUCGACUGCACGAGAUGCAAUCUUUAGAUCUCCAAUCCAACUUGAGAAACGAGAUCCAGGCCAAGGACCAAUUGAAUAAAGAGCUGAACGAUCUUAAAAACACCUCUGCUCUCCUAGAGAAAAAAUACGAAGAGUCCCUAGAAACGAAUUCCAAGCUCAAGGAAGAAAACGAAUACUACAGUCUGAUACUCGACAAAAGUCACAUCAAUUCAUCUACCGAUUUUCAGAGCGCCCAACUUUCGAUAUCCUCGUACAACAACAAUCACUAUAAUGAUAGUAGUACCCCUGCCCCUUUGGGUGUUUAUAACGACGGUGAUCGUAGUGCUAUUCUUUUUUCCAACGAUGCCAAGAAAUUCUCGUCAUCCUUGAACGAUUACAAGCGCAAAAGCGCCAGCGUGUCUAACCUUCUCAGGAUCGUGAAACCCCCAUACCUCUUUGAACGGAAAUCCUGUAAAGGAGAUGGCGGUAGUUUUGGCGACGAUAAGCCCGCCAUCAAACACCCUAAAAACGUCAAAAAUGCCGGCGAUUAUAAUGAUAGCGGUAGGGACCCUAAGGCGGAGGCGGAAUCUCAAUUACGGAAUCAUAGGAUUGUUGUGAAGGAUUUCAAACAGCCGACUCGAUGUCAUUACUGCAACAAACUUAUGAUAGGACUGUCGAAGCAAGGUCUCUCUUGUGGCGCAUGCGCUUUGGUAUGCCACGUCGAGUGCGUAUCCUCUGUAAGCGUGAGAUGCUCAUUCACUUUACAGAGAUCUCCCAUGAUCUCGGCUACUAACGCUUCUUACGUUGACGAAAUUAUACGGGUACCAAAAGUGGGUAUAAUCAAGAAAGGGUGGAGCGUUACCCGCUUGAUAGUUUCCGAUUACAAAAUAUUUCUUUACAAGAUCAAACCGACCCAGGUUAAUAACAGCGGCAACUCUUCCUACUCCAACGAGAGGAAAGAACGAGGGGAUCAGCACGUGACCAACCAAAAGGAUUACGAUUACGAGGCCUUGGACAUCAUUGAUAUCAGGGAUCCACUAUUUUCCGUUAAUUCCGUCGCCGAGAUGGACGUUAUACACGCUAACAAGAAGGAAGUGCCUCGCAUAUUUCGGAUUACCACAUCUUCCUUCCUCCCCAACAACUCGCGGAUGUAUAACGACUCCAAUAAUUUCUAUUUUCUGACCUCUUCAGAGAUCGAAAAGCAAAGAUGGCUAUUCAGGUUAAAUCAAAUGCGGGACGCUUGUUGUUUGACGUCAUCGUACAAAUCUAAUCAAGUUUUUAAAGUCCGGGGCAUGUUGGAGAAUUUUCACUUGGGGCAACUAAAGAAUGCUCUGUGUUCCGAAAUUAUAAACGAAGAUAGCUUAGUUAUAGGCACGGAAGAAGGGAUGUAUUAUCUGAUCCCGAGGCUCAACCAUAUCAAAAAGAUCGGAAAAUCUAAGAGGAUCACCAAAAUUCAGUACCUCCCUUCCGAACAGCUGCUGAUCGUCAUGGCAGGCAAAAGCAAACAGAUUCAUUUGCUGCCCGUUCACGCCUUAGAUAACAGUAAGACGGAAACGACGGAAUGGAUAAAAAUUUCCCAAACCAAAAACUGCCUCAAUUUCACCGCGGGUCCCAUAUCACUAUACGCCGAAGACGUCGCUAGAAGUUAUAACCCCAAUCAAAGCCUCAAUAAUCAUUACACCUGCGAUAAAACUAGCGCGGACCAAGAUGAUGACCCUCUCCCUAAACCCACGAAGAUCUUUGUGCUGUGCGUGCUUUUCCCUUUCUCCAACACUGCGUUUCCUACCGACAACACUCAUUUACCGCACCUAAUUAACCCUAAAAACUUCGAUCAUCCUUACACACCUGCCCCACAAAAAAAUGGGCUGAAUGAACCACCCUUGACCCCCGUAGCGUUGCUGUUCGGGCUCGUGAGGACCAAGUUAUGCCGGUUCGUUAAAUUGGGUCAAUUUAAAUGCUCGCCGAAUGUAUCGUUAGAAAAUCAUAGUCCGGGAGAUGGGGAUAGCUGUAUUAGCAACCGUAACUACACACCGGAAAUUAAAACAUCUUUUAACAACGUAAACUUGCGGCAGCUGAUCAAAUUUUUUCCGGAUCCCUCCUUUUCGAAUCAAACGGCCCUGGGGAACGAACGUAAAAUGCAGUACAGUAAAAGUUUGCCAAGUAACGUUCAACUCAGUACAACCGACUUGGAUUAUUGUUCGCCCAAAAAUUUCCUUUUCCGCGUCGCUAACAAGGGCGAUAAAAAUACGCUCAAGCGUAUCAAAUUCUCCGAAUCGCUCGAUAUACUGGAUCACAAGUAUGUCACCUUCGCCGGAACCGUGAUCGAUAGUAGCGAAAUAUCUCUCAGAAGCGAGAAUCAACAACAAACCGCUUUAUCGAAGCUAAACGAAAGCGGGAACAACAAAUUUGCGCUUUUAUUCGAUUUGGCUUCCGUUUUGGGGCAGCUCUUCUCCCCCACAACCUAUCGGGUGGAUGCCAUACCUAAUCAUACUUUCUUGAUAUUCCCAUCGUCUUCCGAUCAACAACGCUCCCCUAGCGACAAAAUGGUGUCGAGCGAAUUCCGUGGGGACAUAAAAAUGAUUUUGCCGGUCCCGGCAGUCGCGAGGGGUCAACAUGGCGAAGAAGAGACGCCUCAAACGCGCCAAGAAUACUUGGUCGUGUUUACAGAUUGUGCCACGUACGUCAACGCAGGGGGCAUGAAAUCACGUGACUCCGAUUUGAUUUAUCCUUCUUUGCCUAUUUCUUUCGCUCGCUCCGACGAUUUCGAAUAUCUUUUAGCGUUAUGCGAAAAUCACGUGAACAUAUUUCGCGUUUCUUCUUGCUUUUGGCUACAAACCAUAAAUAUAAAAAAAGCAAAAUCUUUGAAUAUAACCGGGACUGUGAUAAUGAGCAAUUACGAAGAUCCGCCAUGUUUCGGCAUUAUGACGUUCUCUAAUAAUGGUAUUAGCGAUGAAACAUUCAGAGUCAACGCGGAAUCGUCGCGUAAAUCGGACAAGCUUCAUUCUAGCAAAUACGUCAAAAAUCAUAACGCCAGUAAAAUGAUGGAUUUUAAGGCUAGGAAUAAAGUCAAAUUGCUAUUUAAGAGAAAUCAAAAUAAUUUUCAAAAUGGCGCCAACGGCGUUAUAUCCUCGUGUAAUGGCGACGAGGGAGGCCUGGUCUGUAAAAAGCUGUCGAAACUUAUAUCGGAACCCACCAACUUCACGCACGUACAUCAUAUGGGCCCUGGAGAGGGCAUUAAGUUGCAAAAUAUGCUGGAUCUACAAAAAAAAGCCAGUUCGCCUUCCCUCGAGAAGUUAAAUAAUUUCAGUCCGUACGAACCCAUUAUUCCUCCAAAUUCCAAUUUUUCUAUCAUGAGCGAUCAAAGCGCGGGGAAAAUGAUGGCUCUUAACGGCUCUAGCGGGAAGAUCAAGGUGGGAAAGCUUCUAGGUGAUUCGGAGAGUAACAGCUAUUCCUCGACUUCGUCUACCAAUAACGGCAAUAUAGAAUCUCCCAUUCUAAAUAAAAAUGGCGCGAACACCAUAACAUCGUCUAAAUCGUCUUUCAGUAAUAACGAGGACUCUCAGCACUCUUACAAAGCAAAAAGGCCUACAUCUAAAUUCUACUUUGACGAAUAAAUAUACGGGGAAAUCCCUAUUUUCAUUGGUCAAGGGAGGUCCAAUCCCUUAUAUUGCACAAAUAAAAAGGCUAGUAUCAAAGCCUCUAUUUUUUAUUGUUCAUAGAAAGACCCAAAUAUCCCAUAUUACACAAAAAAAAUGCCUUUAUAUUUUUUAUAUGAAACAUUUAAUUUAUUAAAAAUACAAAACAAAAAAUUAAUUAAUUUGUAAAAGUGCAAUUUCUCUAAAAAAAUAUUUAUAUCGCGUAAUAUUAGA